UUUACAGAAUCGAUAGCAAAAAUGGGAUUAGAAUAGAACAAAAAACACAAACACAAAAAAGCCGCUAAAGAACCCCACGAGUAUAUACGGGUAUAUGGCAAAUAACAAAAGAGCCCACUUGUCAAUUAAGAUAACGACCACCACAUUAAGUGGGCUCCUCCACAGCGUUUAAGCUUGCUGUAGUUUUAAUACCCCAACAAAGUCCUCAGUACUGUGAGGGUUCCUCGCAUUUCGUAACACAAACAGUAUCAGCGUUCAACAAGAAGCAUCAUCUCGUCCAAGUUCGCCGUCACGUAUUGAUUAGGAAACUAGUUUGCAGUAUACAAUCUACGAAAUCGAAUUCCUGCAUUAAUCUAUGAUCGGUCCUACAGGUACAAUUGCACGCUAUCUUUCCAUUCGUCCCCUCCGAAUUUCUUUGAUCCGGGAAAUAAAACGCUUCCAAUCUGUCGCCGCACAAAACAAAACUUAUCCUUGCCCGAUUGGCUUCAAUGGAAUUUCCCUUGCAUCUACUACCACCGUUUAGUAUCGACCAGCACACCACACACGCACACACCGGCGUUCGUUGUGGUCGGUUAUUUCAUUGAAACAAUAUUCGGUGAUAAGAUAUCGCCAAACGAUCGACCGUGUAACAAUCGACACCUUCUCCAGGAACGCAUGUGCUGGAGGAGAAGGGAGAGGGGUCACAGAUGGUGGUAUCAUUCCUCCGUGAUACCAUUAUCUACCAGUUGCGGGGCGGAGAAUCGUUGUAGACAGUGCAGAGUCGUGUCGAACGAACUUCGGAUUGAGACUCUCAGUCGUAAAGUGUCAUUGCGUUCGAGAGGUGCCUACAGAUAUUGGUGCCUAUCUCUUCAGACAUUGGAGAAAAGAGUACAAGACAUCACACAAGAGCACUAGCAAACAUUCAGGGACAAUGGGAUUGAAGUUGAAAUGGUUUCGGCGAAGGAUAACCUUCGAUGGUGUGCCACCGGCACCGGAAAGAGACAUUCGCCGAAAGGAGGCAACGGCGGGAACAGUAAUUGGGGUGUACCGCCAAAGCACACACUUUGAGGACUUUAUCGAGCCAGUUCGUUCGUCCUACUGGGAACCGCCUCCGCAAGCAAUCGCCCGUGCCACAAUGCGUGCGAAUGGCAAUCUACCCACCACGUCUACAAACAGUCCCACCGCCAACUCGAUAUCUUCUGCCGCCUCCUCCUCCUCCACGGUACGGGCGCGUGUGACAGCGGCCCGGUCGUCCCCACCGGCACCGGCACCCAUCAUACCGACUGGAAUCUCUUCCGUCAGCAGGCCCGUUUCAAUGACCAAUGUCGCCGCCGAAGCUGAUAGCCGUGAUAAGAUAGCACCACACACUCCAGUCGACCGUUUGCAGCAGCUUAGUGCUGACGACUACGAGAUGCCGCCCGAGCCGAACUAUGCCGCCCCGAAGCCACCGGUAAGAAAGGGAGUUUCCAAGGCAAAGUCGCUGAUGAACCUUGCCAACUCCCUGGAGGACGCAAACGGACUUGAAAAGAGACAGCAAGAAGUGCUGCAGCAGCACGAGCUACGAUCACCUCAAUCGGUGGAGGUGUUAAGUGAUCCGUAUCCAAGAGCAUCAUCACCUAUCCACGUAGUGCCUAUUACGCCGGUUCCGAGGACGACUUCCAGUAACUCGCUCCCACUACGUGAGGAUGCUCCGAGUCCUGUAAAACGAGAAGUUAGCACAGAGCCCGAAUACAUAGUGCCGCUCGCUGCUGAGGAACCGUUCGAGGAACCAAUCUAUGACUCAUUCGAAGCCAUCUUCGAGCGAGUGAAAGCUCGCAAACCAAUCAGUCCUGGUUCGGAACGGUCCAACAUCUCGGCAAGACCUGAAACAUCAUCUCCUCUACCUAAUCGAGAACCUGCGGAGAAGAGUCCGCAAGAUGAUGGCGUGAUAUUUGAGCGUGUAAAGCUUCGCAACUCUACGCCACCUGACUCGCUGAGAUCUAGCACGACUGGUUCGCUAUCAUCUGCAAGCUCUCCAUCACCUCCACCACAGCGAAAACCGGUGCUACAGGUCACCACCGCCGCAUCCAGCCCACCACCGCCAACAUCUCCUCCCCAGCCCAAGUCAAUCCUCAAGAAACGUGCUCCACCACCGCCACAGAUCCCUGUCGAGGCCACAUCCAGCAUGGUUGAGUUUUCCAACGAAAUAGUCACAGCGAUCCCAACCCCUCCACCGCGCUCCAUCCGAGCGACUACCCUGAAAGAUGCUCCGGAACCCUCACCACCUGUCACACCGCCAGAACGAAAGCAAGAACCUCCGGCGCGUCCAGAAACUUCCUUGAAAAUUACGAACGGAAACGACCACGAAUCCGAUUCCGACUCGGACGAUGACUUCAACUGGGACUUUGUGCAGAAGCACCGCUCCAGUAUCAAUCAAACGGUGGCCGCACAAACACAGAUCGACCCCGAGGUGCUACGGAAUGCUCCCGCCUCACUGCGGAGUGGCAUGGUGCAGCCGGUGGCAGCUGUGCCGUCACCGCGCAACCUGCCCGAACCGAUCGCACAGCCCCGGACGCUUCGAGGCAUGCGAAACCAGCGGGCUCACGCACAGCUAGAAAGCAGUGGCAGGCAGCAGGUCGCACCGGCAGAACAAAUUCCACCACCAAGGGCACGUGCCAGUGACUCAAACGCGUCGGAAACUUCCGCUUAGAGUGUAACGAGCGAGUGUGACGAAUAAAAAGGAUGCGAAGCAUUAUCUUGGAA